AUGUUGAUCCAACUCCAUCUAAUUCAUGUUCAGCUGAGUUCCGGCUACGAGUACGGUAAGCUGUCACCGAUGUCAAACUACGCGACAUCCGAUCUAGGCUCGAGCCCUCGGUCUUCGAUCAGCGUCACGUCGGCGAAUUUGGCUCCCUGGAUGGUUUUCCGUGAAAAUCACAAAAGCAGUUUUGAUCUCGACGAUGGAGCAUCAGAUGUGUGUAGUAAGGACCUUCUGUCACCGGGAAUGAUGCUCUCACCGGCACCGUACUCGCCGUUCUCAGACUGCGAAGAUACCGGGACACCAUACUCGGCGUACGCUCGUUCGCCUACCUUGUCGCCGAAUCCUUUGACGAGAAGCUUCAACCACUUCAGCUUCGACCAAAUACGAAGCAGCAGCUCGAUGUCUGGACGCCAUAACCUUAUGGUACCGGAAUCGCAUUCGUUGGAUUCGGAAUCCCGGGAACGAAGCCGAUCGGACAGCGACAUGGCACCAAAAGAGGAACGUAUGGACACCUCUUUGCAAUCGACGAUCUCAGUACCCGCUGCUACCUCACGACGACUCUCAUCCGUUGGGCAAUAUAAGAAGAGAUUAUUGCAAAAAUAUCAGGAAGAGCAAGAGGAGCGGCAAGCGUCAAAACAACGUAGCAGUAGCAGUCCUCCGCCGAGUACCACCGAGUCCGAAAUUGACGAUUCCGAUCUGCGCAGCGUCAGCAGACUCGCUUCACGGCAACCUACUAUUGAAGAACCUCCUCCAUCGCCUCCUCAUGAACUAACCCGAGAAAAUCUGGAAAACGCGAUGCGACAAGCCCUUGGUGGACAGAAUCAAAUUCAAAUGUGGAUGGAACGGCAGAUAGUAGCUUUGCAAGCUGUGAACAUGUACAACAAUGUGGUGAACAAUGGGCCUGCUUCAGGUACCAAAUCCACAACUUCUCGCACCACCUACCGACCACCUACCUCGAGCUCCAUUGUUGAGGCAGAGUACGGUGGAUGUUGCCGGUGGGACUUGAAUCACUGUUCAUUGAGUAAUUUUCAGGCGUUUGCCCUUCACGAUCGUUUGGCGAAGCACAUUGCAUCACGGCAUCGAGACCGGUCGGCAUCAGCUCUUGCCGAUGCGGAUGGUUCGAAAUCCCAUAAGUGUACUGUGUGCAACAAAAGUUUCGGAAGAAGUGACAUGCUUACGAGGCAUAUGCGUCUCCAUACUGGUUUGAAGCCGUACAGCUGUCAGCUAUGCGGUCAAGUCUUCUCAAGAUCGGAUCAUCUCAGCACACAUCAGCGAACGCACACCGGAGAAAAACCCUAUCAGUGUCCUUUAUGCCAAUAUGCGGCGGUAAGCUACUUGGUAUCACCUUGA